UCUAGUGUACUUGUGCAGUUGCGCGCCACUGCAGCAGGCUGUCAACGGAGUGAUUGGAUUAAUUGUUGUACUUGUAAUCUUAAUUCGUCGAGUUUAGUAAACAAUUAAUAAAGUAUUUUUUUGUUUAUGAGUUUUUCUUUUAACUUUUAUUGUCGUAUUUCGAAUAUUUUCUAUAGUGUUUGAUUUGUCUGAGUAUAGUUUUUCGAUUUAAUAUACAUUGAUGAUUUUAGGAUCACUAGUGAAUUUAGCCUACACAACGUUAAACGCUGCUUAAAGCUUAGUAAAUUUAAUUCGAUUAUUCUUUACAUUUUCUAAUUCUAUUUGAUACAACAUUGUGCCAGACAUGGAAGACGAAAACCACUGUACUGCUUGCAAAAAGCUCUUCAAUACCCCAGUUUCACCAAACAAGAGUCCAGAAGAAUUAUAUGGUUCAAACGAACAAGAGAUAAAAAUGCUUGAAAAUUCUUUGCAAUCCGAAUAUAUUAACUUUAUAUUUACUGAUAAAUUAACAAUUUGGCCUAGUAUAAUGUUCCAAGUAAACAUAUUAGGUAAAAUAGUUUAUGUAUUAGUAAAUUUAUCAUCACAUAAUCGUAAUUUAUUUGGAUACUAUAUAAAUGAGUGGAUGAGUUAGUUUAUAACUUUAAAGUAAAACGUUAUAAAUAAUGCCACAUUGUAUGAAGUAUUUCAAAUAAAUCCUAAUAUUCUAUAACUGAAAAUAACUAUUUUUCAUUAUGUUUUUAGAGUUGGACCGGCAUUUUGAACCGAGUAAAUGAACAAAGUUUUAAAGAAAAUGUAAAUCAUAAAAUGGUGAAUUGAGAUCAGAGAUCAGGUUAAAAAACUUAAUUGAAACAAUUUAUUUCUAUAAUGAAGUAAAAAUUAAAAUCUAAAGAGCAAUACUAAUGAAAAGAUUAUUGUGUAUAUUGUCAUCGUCAUACAAAAAGUGACCAUAAGCAACAAUAUGUUCAAAUAGUCCCUAUAGUUAUCCUUCUACUGUUAAAAAAAAGUGAAAAUUUAAAAAAUAUAUCAAGUUGUAAGUUGUAUUUUGACUAAGUGUUUAAAUUUUUGUUUUAUGUGGAAAAAUUGUCUAAAUUAUUUAGUCAGUUUUUACAUACAUUUAGUGUAAUAUUCAAAUAUGACCAAGUGCACUUGGUUAGUUUUGUUACAACACAAUAUAACAAUUGCUUGUUGUAUUAUAAUAAUAUGAUUAAUAUUUUACCUAGGUAGUUACUUGUUAAUCACAAAACUAAACAAGUUACUGUGAUAAUAAUAAUGAUAUAAAAAUAUUAUGUUUAUUAUAUUAUUUCAUUUUUAAAGAACUAUGUUUCGUUAUUUUAACUGUAACAUACAUAAGUUUCUGUGAUGAUACUAUAAUUAUUAUUAUAAAAUUAAUAAAUUAUAAACAUUUUUUUUUAUUUAUACUAAUUUUAAAUAAUUUGUUAAUACUAUUUCAUACUUUUCUUAAAUAAAUGAUUUGAUUAAUUCAGUAAAUCUUGAAGUUAAUUAGUUUUACUUUUGAUCAAGUUAUUUUGAAGCCAGUUGAUCAUUUUUUUCUUCUCGCUUUUUUAAACUAUUUCCAAGUUAUUAUUAAACAUAAAAUUGGAAAAUUCAGGGUUAAAAUUCUUUACUUUUUUUCACAGAUUUUUAAGAAAAAAAUUGUUAAAAUCAAAUAAGUUUAUGAAUUUUCAGAUUCUUGAAUAUUCAAUUGUAGUUUACAAAAUAUUUCACUUGGACACUUUUUGUAUGAUGGUGACGAUAUGUAGGUAAUAUUUAUGUUAUGUAAAUUUCCUUAACAUUUUUAUUUGUUAUUUUAGAUGCAUGCAUUGGUGAAUGGACCUUAAUGUACAUAUAUUGUAACAAAAUUAAAUAAGCAAGAAGUUAUAAUUAGAGAUCAGAUUUAUAUGAUCUAUUAUUUCCUUAAAAUAUUCUUGUAUAUGCAUGUUAAUUCUUUUAAUUUUUUAAGUGUGAUGUUUCAUAAAACACAAAAUAAAUAAUAGCAAAAAUAUUUAUAAUAAUUACUUAAAAUUGCAUAAAAUUGGGUACCUAUUUAAUAUUUAAUACUUUUUAAAAAUGUAUAUUCCCCUACCUUUCCUAAAAAAAACAUAUUUAAUGUAUGAUAGUAAAGUUUUUAUACUAUAGUUUUUGUACGCUGUAAUACAAAAUAUAUUAAAUAAAAUAUUGAAUUAGGGCUAUUA